CCGGCUUUCGCUUUCCCCUCUUCCAUUUCCUGUCUUUCGCUAAUCCAUUCCUCCUCCACUCGCUCCUAUGGCGGCGGCGACGUUCGGAGCUGCCAAUACGACGGCGACGUUGAAGGAACCCGCGAUUCAGCUCCGGGGCUUCGACGGAUUGAGGAGCUCUUCUUCUUCCUCUUCCAAUUCCCUCGCUCUCACCAGACAUUUCGGUGUCUUCUCGCUACCCACUCCCCGGCGCCUUUCCACCAUAAAAGCUGUCUCCACCCCGGUGAAGCCUGCAACCGAGACUAAGCGGAGCAAGGUCGAGAUCAUCAAAGAGCACAGCAAUUUCAUAAGAUACCCGCUCAACGAAGAGCUAUUGACAGAGGCUCCCAAUGUUAACGAGAGCGCGGUUCAGCUCAUCAAGUUCCAUGGGAGCUACCAGCAGUACAACCGUGAAGAAAGAGGUGGGAGAUCCUAUUCCUUCAUGCUUCGUACCAAGAACCCUUGUGGCAAGGUUCCCAACAAGCUGUACUUAACCAUGGACGAUCUCGCCGAUCAAUUCGGGAUCGGGACUCUUCGCCUGACCACCAGACAGACGUUCCAGCUUCAUGGGGUUGUGAAGAAAGACCUCAAGACUGUGAUGAGCAGCAUCAUUCACAGCAUGGGGUCGACUCUUGGAGCUUGUGGAGAUCUCAAUAGAAAUGUUCUUGCACCGCCUGCUCCGUUGGCGAAAAAAGACUACCUGUUUGCUCAGCAGACUGCUGAGGAUAUUGCUGCCCUGCUGACUCCGCAGUCUGGUUUCUACUAUGAUAUGUGGGUUGAUGGGGAGAAGUUCAUGACGGCUGAGGCUCCUGAAGUGGUGAAGGCUAGGAAUGAUAAUUCUCAUGGGACGAAUUUUCCUGAUUCUCCUGAACCAAUCUAUGGGACUCAGUUCUUGCCUAGGAAGUUCAAGAUUGCGGUUACUGUGCCGGGGGAUAACUCUGUGGAUAUUUUGACGAAUGACAUUGGUGUGGUUGUGGUUAGCGAUGAGAAUGGCGAGCCUCAGGGUUUCAAUAUCUAUGUUGGUGGUGGCAUGGGAAGAACCCAUAGGAUGGAGAGUACAUUUCCCCGAUUAGCUGAUCCAUUAGGGUAUGUGCCAAAAGAGGACAUAUUAUAUGCAAUUAAAGCUAUUGUUGUUACUCAGAGAGAGAACGGUAGGAGAGAUGACCGGAGGUACAGUCGAAUGAAGUAUUUGAUCGACUCGUGGGGGAUCGAAAAGUUCCGGGAUGUUGUUGAGCAAUACUAUGGGAAGAAAUUCGAGCAAUUCCGCGAAUUGCCUGAGUGGGAGUUUAAGAGUCACUUGGGAUGGCAUGAGCAGGGAGAUGGUGCAUUAUUCUGUGGCCUGCAUGUGGACAAUGGCCGAGUUGGAGGAAAAAUGAAGACGACAUUGAGGGAGGUGAUAGAGAAGUACAACUUGGAUGUUCGUAUCACAGCAAACCAGAACAUAGUCUUGUGUGGGAUAAAGAAAGCAUGGAAGCGCCCUAUUACCACAACUCUGGCUCAAGCUGGCUUGCUGCAACCAAAAUAUGUUGACCCGCUCAACUUGACAGCCAUGGCAUGUCCAGCUUUCCCGCUUUGCCCAUUGGCCAUAACUGAAGCUGAACGUGGGAUACCUGAUAUCCUGAAACGCGUUAGAGCUGUGUUUGAAAAGGUCGGUCUGAAGUACAAUGAGUCUGUGGUAAUAAGAGUGACUGGCUGUCCUAAUGGCUGUGCCAGACCAUACAUGGCUGAACUUGGACUUGUUGGAGAUGGUCCCAACAGCUACCAGAUCUGGCUGGGGGGAGCUCCAAACCAAACGGUGUUAGCUAGAACAUUCUUGAACAAGGUCAAAGUUCAAGACCUUGAAAAUGUCUUUGAGCCUCUGUUCUAUCACUGGAAACGGAGAAGACAGUCCAAGGAAUCAUUUGGCGACUUCACAAACCGAGUGGGAUUCGAGAAACUGCAAGAGUGGGUGGACAAAUGGGAAGGCGUGGAAGCUGCACCAACCAGGUACAACUUGAGGCUGUUCUCGGACAAGGAUACGUAUGAUAAGAUGGACGGACUAGCUAAGCUGCAGAACAAGACUGCUCAUCAGUUGGCUAUGGAAAUUGUUCGCAGUUACGUUGCUGCCCAGGAGAACGGUAAAGCAGAAUAACUCUGUCAUCAGAAGGGUUGGUUCCAAGGGCGAACCUGAGAUCUUCCUUGUUUUGAUAAGCACAGUUUGUGUAUGAGAAUCAACAAACCUUGUUCUGGAUUUUUGGUUAGCCAUUUUGUAUUCCAUUUUUGUGCUUUAGCUGUACAGGCUUUUCCAUCGGACCUGUCUUCCUAGAGUAGCCAUGCAUAAUAGCGAGAGCUUUAGCCAUGUACUCAAAAUCUGAUUUGGCGGGAGAUUAUGUGGCCUUUAAUCUCUCUUAUCUUUGACUCAAGAAUGUGAUCUUUUUUUAGCUGAAAUGCCUCGCUUUCUGGCCAUUGAAUUAUUAAGGUUGUGGUUUUUCAGUCUGCUCAAGAACAACUUGUUUGAAACAAAAACAGGCAUGAUUAGAAGUUAGAACCUCAGCCCCAUGAUGAAUUUAUAUGUCUUGAAUCUUGAUGGCUCUAGCUAGAACCAAUUUGAUUUCAUGAAGGUCAGAGGAUGUGCUUGUCCUGGAUAACUGAAUCAAACUGACCCAAGUAUCUGAAUCAAAUU